AUCAUGGAUUGAAAGAUUGUGUGGUGGGAGACUGUCUAGCUAGCAACUCUUCUGACCAAGAGAGAACAACAUCUUCCAUUUCCUGCAGCGCUGCAAACUAUGGCUUCCAUCGCAGCGUCGACGGCCGCCGCCUCUCUCAGCAAGCCUCUCAAAUCCGGCGGCGCACCCCCCUUCAGGACUGUUGCCUUCUUCUCAUUCUCGAAGAAGAAGCAGACGGCUCCACCCAAGAAGCUCAAACCUUCCCCUGUAAACGAAGAGCUUUCCAAGUGGUAUGGGCCUGAUAGAAGAAUCUUUCUGCCGGAGGGCCUUUUGGACAAAUCAGAAAUCCCGGAGCAUUUGAGUGGUGAAGCUCCUGGAGAUUAUGGUUAUGACCCUUUUGGCCUUGGCAAGAAACCAGAAAACUUUGCCAAAUAUCAAGCGUUUGAGGUUAUCCAUGCCCGGUGGGCAAUGCUUGGUGCUGCGGGUUUCAUCAUCCCAGAAGCCUUAAACAAGUUUGGAGCUAACUGUGGUCCUGAAGCUGUUUGGUUUAAGACAGGAGCUCUGCUGCUAGAUGGGAACACAUUGAAUUACUUCGGUAAAAACAUCCCCAUCAACCUGAUUGCUGCUGUCAUUGCUGAGGUCAUACUUGUUGGUGGUGCUGAAUAUUUCCGAAUCACCAAUGGCCUGGAGCUAGAAGACAAGCUGUACCCGGGGGGUCCUUUUGAUCCCUUAGGGCUUGCAAAGGAUCCAGACCAGGCAGCCAUCUUGAAAGUGAAGGAGAUCAAGAACGGGAGGUUAGCCAUGUUCUCCAUGUUGGGAUUCUUCAUCCAAGCCUACGUGACCGGGCAGGGACCUGUGGAGAACCUUGUGACCCACUUAGGUGACCCUUUUGGCAAUAAUCUGCUCACUGUUAUUGCUGGAUCAGCUGAAAGAACUCCUACCCUGUAAUUUCUUGUUCUUUCCAGCGCUCCCUCCCCCUCCAUUUGUACACCCACAUUACGCAUGAUCGGCUGUUGGAACUUGUGACUCUAAACAUCCAUAUUUCAUCUUUCUCUAUACUCUGACUAGUUAUUGUGUUGGUGAUUGUUCACCUACCAAGUUGCAACGAGUUCUGAGUUCAUUCUUUUUCUACAGCGCUCCUCUUUUCCCCCAAAAUAGCUUUUGGAAAGAGUGAAGUAUUUUCGAGAUACCAGGGCAUUUUCUAUCUUUUGUGGAUUAAAUAUUUUAUGAUGCAUACAAACUUGUUUUAG